GAGCAGUGGCGUGCAUUAGACAACAGCGCGUGAGAUGGGAGAUGCACUGAAUGAAAUGUUGUAAGGGAUAUUCAACGUCAAAUAUUUAUAUUUUUUGUGCUAUUAGUUUAUUAGGAUGUCGGCGUCUGCUAUAUUCAUCCUGGACCUUAAAGGAAAGGUGUUGAUCAGUCGUAACUACAUGGGAAACAUGGACAUGAAUGAGGUCGACCACUUCAUGCCCAUUAUGAUGAGGAUGGAGGAGGACGCAGACUCAUCGCCCCUGGUGACACACGGCUCCGCCCACUUCCUGUGGAUCAAACACAGAAACCUCUACUUGGUGGCAAUGACCAAGAAGAAUGCCAAUGCAGCCCUGGUCUACUCCUUCCUCUACAAAAUGGUGGAGGUGUUUAAGGAGUACUUUAAGGAGCUGGAGGAGGAGAGUAUCCGUGACAACUUUGUGACGGUGUAUGAGCUGAUGGACGAGGUCAUGGACUUUGGCUUCCCUCAGACCACAGACAGCAAGAUCCUGCAAGAGUACAUCACCCAACAGGGUCACAAACUGGAUGUGGGCGCCCCUCGCCCCCCCGCCACCGUCACCAACGCUGUGUCCUGGAGGUCGGAGGGCAUCAAGUACAGGAAGAACGAGGUGUUCAUGGACGUCAUCGAGUCCGUCAACCUACUGGUGAGUGCUACUGGCAGUGUCCUGCGUAGUGAGAUCGUGGGCAGCAUCAAGCUCAAGGUGGUCCUGUCUGGGAUGCCUGAACUCAGACUGGGCCUCAACGACAAAGUGCUCUUUGAAAUCACAGGACGAGAGAAAAGUAAGACGGUAGAGCUGGAGGAUGUCAAGUUCCAUCAAUGUGUCCGUCUGUCCCGUUUCGAGAACGACCGCACCAUCUCCUUCAUCCCCCCCGACGGAGAGUCCGAACUCAUGUCCUACCGCCUCAACACCACGGUGAAGCCUCUGAUAUGGAUUGAGAGUGUGAUUGAGAAGUUCUCCCACAGCCGAGUGGAGAUCAAGGUUAAGGCCAGGAGUCAGUUUAAGAGUCGCUCCACUGCCAACAAUGUGGCCAUCAUGGUACCUGUGCCCAGCGAUGCAGACUCGCCCAAAUUCAAGACGAGCACAGGCAGCUGCAAGUAUCUUCCCGAGAAGAGCGAGGUGCAGUGGAACAUCAAGUCCUUCCCUGGGGGGAAAGAGUACAUGAUGAGGGCUCACUUUGGUCUGCCUAGUGUGGAGAGUACUGAGUUGGAGGGGAGAAGGCCCAUCACUGUCAACUUUGAGAUCCCCUAUUUCACUGUAUCUGGUAUCCAGGUACGCUAUCUGAAGAUCAUUGAGAAAAGUGGCUAUGAGGCCUUACCAUGGGUACGCUAUAUAACACAGAGUGGAGAUUAUCAACUCCGGACAAACUAAGGGCGAGCCUGCUGCUAGACUAAUAGAUCGUCACUCUCUCCCUCUCUCUGGGAGUGAGGGACAACAGAGGACAAGGAAAGGGGAACAACUUUCACCACUGUCAAUUCUCAAAGGACCAUGUAGUCAUCUUGCAGACAUGAGGACCUUCAAGACUCAAUUUCCCUUCAGAACUCGACUGUUGUCACCUUCGACCUUUGCUGUGUUACAUCAUCUGGAGAAACAUGUUUUAUCUUUUUAGAAUAAUGAACCUAGUGGUUUUCUUACUAGUCACAUUGUAAACAUUUGUAUAGUUGUAUUUUCUUCUUAAAGCUGGAAGAAUUCAGGACAUUUAUGAUCUCUGAAGUGUGAACGUUGAAACCUGUGUACAGCACUGAUAUGAAAUGAUAUCUGGUUGGUGUGGAUGCUAGCGGUUAAUGUUAUCUUGGGGCCAGCUGUAAGCAUAUAAUCCCCACUGUGUCCAAUGAGAUAAUGAAUAGGCCUGCAUAAUAUCAGCAGCUGUGUAUUACCAUAUUGUCGUCACAGUUCCUAGACAUGUGCUUGUACUCAGCUGACGACUACGAGGAAAAGGCUGAAGGAAUUCUCUGUGUGCAAAUUACAAUUAUGUAGUGUUUCUAACAGUCUUGUGAUACAGACACAUUUAACGCCUCGAGGAAAAGCCAUGAUCAAAAUAAGUAAACCGAUAAUACAGGUGGUCCGAUAUGAAGAGAAUGUUGUUUAGAUAGAUAUGUUCACUUUGUUUCCUAUGUCAAUGUGUCCCCACCAAACAUACACCCAACUUUUCCAAAGCAGGUAUUGGUUGGUAUGGUUACAGUAGUAUGUUGUGCGUGCAAUGCACCACCCCUCAUAUCAGUUCUGGUUCUCUAUGCCAGGGAAAUAGCUCUGAUUCUCUCUACCAGGGGAAUAGCUCUGGUUUGCUGUGUGUAGGCCUACUGUAUGAAAUCCAGACCUGGUUUCAAAUACAUGUUUAUUUGAGUAUUUGUUAUUUAAAUACUAAUUUUCUGUAUAUUUGAGUAUUUUCAAAUGUGGUGAAUCAACUUUUUUUCAAAAUACUAUUUUCAAAUACCUGGGAUAGAUGCAUGGGAGUAUAUUUGAGACAGUCUAUUUGAAUAUUUUGAAAUACUUUCCAAGUGUAUUUCCAAAUAUAUUCCAAUAUUCAACUACUUGUUUUUCCAAAUAAAAAAGAAAUACUUACUUCCAAAUGUCUUUGAAAGUAAUUGCCUAAAUAGUAUGUGAACCCAGGUCUGAUAAUCUCAUAUUAAACCAUCCAUAUAAAAUGGCUGAUUAUGAGGAACAGGACAAAUAUGACUACACUCGUCCAGAUAUUCUCUCCAGUGGGGUUUUAAUGAUUGAAAACCACAAUCUAUUAAUAUCUUAUUUAUUAACCUCUAUGUCAAAGGGAUCUAGAAAUAAAUCAAUUACUUUGUACCUUACUAUCUUUACUGGUUAUCUCUCACUUCUCUCUCUCUCUAUUCAAUUCAAUAGACUUUAUUGACUUUGCAAGAUUAAUGACUUACAUUGUCAAAGUAUACAUAUAGCAAAAAUUGUGGGACCAACAGCAAUAAUAGUAGUAGUAGUGGAAAUGGGAUUACCAUUAACAGCAACUACAACAACAAUAUUAAUGAGAAUAACAAUACAUAAAAGCAAUGGUAGUAGACCAGUGUCAACAUGACUGAGAAGACACAUGACCUGGUAGAAGACCAGUCUCAACAUGACUGAGAAGACACAUGACCUGGUAGUAGAUCAGUCUCAACCUGACUGAGAAGACACAUGACCUGGUAGUAGAUCAGUCUCAACAUGACUGAGAAGACACAUGACCUGGUAGUAGAUCAGUCUCAACAUGACUGAGAAGACACAUGACCUGGUAGAAGACCAGUCUCAACCUGACUGAGAAGACACAUGACCUGGUAGUAGACCAGUCUCAACAUGACUGAGAAGACACAUGACCUGGUAGUAGACCAGUCUCAACAUGACUGAGAAGACACAUGACCUGGUAGUAGAUCAGUCUCAACAUGACUGAGAAGACACAUGACCUGGUAGUAGAUCAGUCUCAACAUGACUGAGAAGCCACAUGACAUGGUAUGAAAACCAAAACAAAACUAAAUGGGAAAUUACAUUGCACUUUUCACUGGUUGUCCUUCAGGUUGUGGCAGGACACAUAUUUGGCUGCCAAAACUGCACAUUUUGGCUUUUCACCCAAUAAAUAUUAGAUUUUUUCUUCA